AUGCGGUUCCGUCAAGCUUACGGAUUUGAGAGAGUUCCACCUAAUUGCUGUAAUCCGUGGUGGGGUUUAGGAGGCAGACGGAAGGGUGGCCAAGUUCGGUUCACAGCGGUGCAGACCGGUGCACUGGAACGUCGGUUCAACGCCAGCAAGUAUCUCAGCCCUGAUGAACGAAGAGCCUUGGCGAGCACACUCAGACUUAGCGAUCGCCAGGUCAAAACCUGGUUCCAAAAUCGUCGCGCAAAAUGGCGUAGAACGGCCCCAGAUUGCGCAGACGCAGGCAGCCCGCCAACAGCCGACGACGAAUCAGAAGAUGAAGUAAAUAAAUAUACUGACGAAGACUGA